AUGAGCCGCCGGUCAUCCGUUGUCGACCUGACCUCUUCAUCCCAUCGCCAUUUCCCCGUCCGCCUCUCCACGUCACCGCAGCUCGCUUUUCAUGAUGCCUCCUCCCAAGAUCGACACACAACACCCCGUGGGGUGAAACGCCAACGCGAGGAAGAUGGCAGUAGGGAAUCAACGUCAUCAUUUGACGUUACCCCACAAAGAGAGGACCCUAUUGAGUCCAUCGACCUCACCGAAGUCGAUGAGUCCAGGCCACUGGCAAGGGUAUUAGCCAAGCAGAGGGAGGAUGCAGUGAGGGCCCAGCAGUCAACAGAGCAUGAGAAGGAAGGCUCAGUCCUGGCCUCUUAUAAAUGCCCUGUGUGUAUGGAUACCCCCGAAAAUGCGACAAGCACUGCCUGUGGUACGUUCUUGGCUCUGGUUGUCAAGGCUGGCCUGCCUCUGGACCUUGAUCCCUUUACUAACCACUCACUUCUAGGUCAUCUUUUCUGUCACAAGUGCAUUAUUGAUUGCUUGAAGAUGGGCGAGGAGCAAAGGGCAGAUUUGGCAUCAAAAGCACGCGGUACCUGUCCAGUAUGCCGCAAACCUCUCACUCGUAACGAGGCCAGCGGGCCACGCAGAAGCCUUAUUCCGCUUCAACUAAAGCUUACUACCAAGAAGCGAAACGCGGGUUCGGUUUCUAACGCAUAG